AUGUACAAGUCUAUAAAGAAUCACACCGAUCUAAAGAUUGCUCAUAGAGGAGCACGGAUUAGAUUCCCAUUGUCUAUUCUACUCCUCAUUGCUGUCGUGCUUAGUUUGCAGCUUAUCAUUCUUCCCCGAUACAUAUAUCAAAUAUCUCCAGCAGCUGCAAAGCUUUCAGAUCAUUACAUAUCUCAGAUCGAGGUAGGACUUUCGAAAUGUCUAGAUCUACAUACGCUGCCCAGAGAAUACCCUCAUUCGGAAAUCUCAUCGCGUGAGAAUCCUCGAUGGAACGCAAUUCGUGGUCAGAAUCAGACCAUAGUUUUGAGAAAUGCAACUUUGUUUGACGGCAAAGUCCUUCUUACUGAUCUUGUCGAUAUUGAAUUUGAGAAAGGACGUAUUAAGUCUGUAUCAGCAGCAACCAAGUCUGCCGAUCGUGAUCCGAAUGUUCAAAGUAUCGACCUCAAAGGUAAAUACGUUACUCCCGGUUUGGUUGACAUGCAUUCACAUCAUUUUUUGCACGCUUGGCCUGAACUCUCCGUUACAGCCGAUGAGAAUGAGGUUCACAUGGGUCCUCUUACCCCGUUUGUUCGUGCAAUUGACUCCAUUAAGACGGAUGAUAAGGCAACUGCCAUCAUUGCUUCGGGUGGCGUUACAACUUCCCUUCUUAUUCCUGGCUCAGCAAAUAUCAUUGGUGGUGAAGGGAUUCUCGUGAAAAAUUAUGUACCUGGGGGUGAAACUGGUGAAGAAGUUGUUGAGAAUGUCUUGCUUGAACAUGGUAUACCCACCGAGGAGAGGAGGAGGUACAUGAAAAUGGCGUGCGGCGAGAAUCCUGCAACUCUCUAUGAUCACAAUCGCAUGGGCAAUGCUUGGUUGUUUCGAAAACAGAUGACACGAGGAAAGGAACUAAUUGAAAAACAAGAUAAUUGGUGCUUAUCAGCUGCUGCGGUGCGGGUGAGUAGAAAUUCUGCGACUAUUGCGAGCUUCAUGAAGGAUGGAGGUUUACCCGAAGAUUUGGAAUUGGAAUCCACGGCAGCCAUGUUGAGAGGAAAAGUUGGAAUCAACAUACAUUGCUACGAACCUGAGGACCUUGAAGAUAUGCUUCAUCAUAGCAAGGAAUUUGGAUUUCGAAUUCAAGCAUUUCAUCACGCCCUUGCAGCCUGGAAAGUGCCAGAGUUAAUCAAGAGCAGUGAAGAAAACAUCACUAUUGCCACAUUUUCCGAAUUCGGGUUUUACAAAAAGGAGGCCUACGAUGCCAAUUUAUGGGCUGGCAGUAUUCUAGCUGAGAAUGGUGUUCCAGUUGCAUAUAAAUCCGAUCACGUUUUUGAAAUAACUAAUGCGCAAUACUUGAUGUUCCAAGCAGCGACUGCACAUGCCUUCAAUCUUUCAGAAGCUCUUGCUUUGCAGUCUGUAACCAGCGUGCCUGCAAAGUCGUUAGGAAUCGAUUAUCGAGUUGGAUACGUUCGUCCUGGCUAUGAUGCGGACAUUGUAGUGUGGGAUUCCCAUCCCCUUCUCGCCGGAGCUACACCUUUACAAGUUUAUAUUGAUGGAAAGGCUACUUUGGACCCGACUAAGGUCGCGAAAAGUGCAACGCCAAAUUCUGCCAAAGAAGAACGAUUUUUAGUAAAGCCGAAAUCACGGACAUCUCCUACCGAUAUAUCGAAGGUCAUUUCAUGCAGCAAAUUAAACACCUCGAAUGAAAAUAUCAUUGUUACUGGCAUCAGGAGAAGCUAUCUGAUGCCUCAUCGGGAGAUUUCAUUAGAUUCGAACAACCUCACAAUGAUUGUUAGUAACGGCAAGAUUAUCUGUCUUGACUCAUUGCAGCAAUGCGGUACCCUGCUUAGUGAAGGUGCUACUAUCAUUGACCUCCAGGCAGGCACUGUAAUGCCAGGGCUCACUGCGUACUCACCGAGUCUAGGGUUGGCAGAAAUCCUCGGAGCUUCUGAAACCUCAGAUGGCUCCCUUGGUGAAACCUCAGCUCUACUAGAGCCAGAAAAUAUUAUUCACGCGAAGUAUGGGAUUCACCUGGAUGGACGCGGGUUUUCCAGGGCAAGACUUGGUGGUGUUACUCAGGUAAUUACAGCGCCAAUCUCUGAGUCUUUCUUUGGCGGUGUAAGUACCGGUAUCAAAACGAGUGGUAAACAUAAUAUCCUUGAUGGCGGUAUUUUCCAGGACGAUGUUGCUUUGCAUUUUUCAGUUGGUCAAAUGGCCAAGCGAUUUGAGUCCAUACCAACAGUGUCUUCUGCCAUAGCAAAACUUCAACAAAUUUUACUCGUUAACGUUGGGAAGAACAAUGUUUAUGGAACGGUUGCGAAUGGAACAUUUCCCUUGGUGGUACAUGUUGAUAAUGAAUACGAUAUUCUUCAACUCAUAAAACUAAAAAACGACCAUCCAUUACCUCUCAACCUGGUUCUUCUAGGCGGAGCAGGUGCUCAUCUCGUAGCUGAAGCAAUUGCGAAAUCGAAAACACCACUCAUCCUGACCAGAAAUCGUGGCGCGCCCGAUACAUACGAAAAGCGGAAUGCACUCUCCGGUCCUCCACUGACACGCUCUCCUGCCGCAGUCCUCGCCGAUGCUGGCGUACUUUUUGCAUUAGCAAUUGAAGGUGAAGGCAGCGAAUCACACAUCCACAACCUCGCGAUCGAAGCAGGCUGGGCCGCUAAAUACUCCAGCCUCGGGAAACUUGAAGCUGUGGAUUUAGUGUCUCGUAAUGUUGAGAAAAUUCUGAAUUUGAAGGUUGUGGAAGAAACUAGAGAUUUUGUGGUUUGGGAGGGGGAUCCGUUACAAUUGGGGGCAAGUGUUGUGUUCAGUAUGGAGGGUGGAAAGUUGGGAACGUGUUGGCCUAUGUCGAAUUGA